AUGAUUAUAACAGAAUAUGCCGGCCAUGCUCGUGAUUAUGUACGAACUAUACAACUUGCCGAUUGGAGCGGUAUUAUUUUAGCAUCUGGUGAUGGACUUGUCUAUGAAGUUAUAAAUGGUCUUAUGAGUAGAGAUGAUUGGCAAGAAGCUCUUAAAUUACCUAUUGGACAUGUACCAUGUGGAUCUGGUAAUGCUUUUAUUACAAAUAUUUUACGUGAUAGCAAACAAUCAGUUAUGGAUACAAUGGAAAAAUUCGUAGUUCAAGCUGCUAUACUUACUGCAACGCAUAGUGUCAUUCCAUUUGAUUUAGCUGUUAUAGAUACCUGUGAUGGACAACGACUUUUUUCUUUUCUCUGUAUUGAAUGGGGAAUUAUUGCUGAUGUUGAUUGUGAAAGUGAAAAAUAUCGUUUUCUUGGUGAAACUCGAUUUACAGUCGAAGCUGUUAAACGAAUUCUUCGACCUCGUGUUUAUAAUGGUUAUAUUGAUUACAUUCCAUACAGUGAUAAUGAUUAUACAGUCAAUACUAAUCAUAUAACACCAACUACAACAACUGCUCAACUUCAUCAUCAUCUUUUACCAAUGAAUGAAUCUAUUCCAACUGAUUCUAAUACAACUAAAUGGCUUCGUAUAAAUGGACCAUUUGCUCAUGUCUUAAUUACAUCAAAAGCUUCAAUCUCAAAAGAUAUUGUAGCCUCAUCUCAAUCCACAUUAUCUGAUGGUUAUUUAACAUUACAAUUCAUACGUUCAAAUGGCUCAACACGUACAAAUCUUGCUAGAACAUUUACAAAAUUAUCCGAAGGAAAUCAUUUUGAUUUUAAUUUUGUUGAAUGGAUGCGUAUACGUGCAUUUCGUCUGGUACCAAAUGAUGACCAUGGAAAUAUCAUGGUUGAUGGAGAAAAAGUUGCCUAUGGUCCUAUUCAAGGUGAAAUUUUACCGGGUAUUGGUCGAUGUAUGGGUAAACAAUCAAACGUUGAUCGAGUAUCGACAAAUAUGUAG